AAUGGAUGAGCUUCAUAGUCUGGAUCCAAGAAGGCAAGAAUUAUUGGAAGCUAGAUUUACAGGUGUUGCAACUGGGAGCACUGGGAGCACUGGCAGUUGCAGCGUUGGAGCUAAAGCCUCAACAAAUAAUGAAAGCUCUAAUCACAGUUUUGGAAGCUUGGGAUCUUUAAGUGACAAAGAAUCAGAGACACCAGAGAAGAAGCACUCAGAAUCAUCCAGGGGAAGAAAGAGAAAAGCAGAAAGCCAGAAUGAAAGUAGUCAGGGAAAAAGUAUUGGGGGACGUGGCCACAAAAUUAGCGACUAUUUUGAAUACCAAGGUGGAAAUGGCUCAAGUCCAGUAAGAGGCACACCUCCUGCAAUCCGUUCUCCUCAAAAUUCACAUUCCACUCCUGCCGCCUCAGUUCGACCGAAUAGCCCUUCUUCUGCAUUAGCUUUUGGGGACCACCCUAUUGUACAACCAAAGCAGUUAUCCUUUAAAAUUAUUCAGACUGAUCUCACAAUGCAGAAAUUAGCAGCAUUAGAAAGUAAUAAAAACCAGGACCUGGAAAAAAAAGAAGGUCGUAUAGAUGAUUUGCUCAGGGCUAAUUGUGAUCUCAGACGGCAAAUAGAUGAACAACAAAAAUUACUUGAAAAAUACAAAGAGCGAUUAAAUAAGUGCAUUUCAAUGAGCAAGAAGCUUCUUAUUGAAAAGAGUACGCAAGAAAAACUGUCGAGCAGAGAGAAGAGCAUGCAAGACAGAUUACGCCUUGGGCACUUUACAACAGUUAGACAUGGUGCUUCAUUUACUGAACAAUGGACAGAUGGUUUUGCAUUUCAGAAUCUCGUGAAACAACAAGAGUGGGUAAAUCAGCAAAGGGAAGAGAUUGAAAGGCAACGGAAACUCCUAGCCAAACGCAAACCUCCCACAGCUAAUAAUUCUCAGGCACCCUCUACAAAUUCUGAACCAAAACAAAGGAAAAACAAAACCGUCAACGGAGCAGAAAAUGAUCCCUUUGUUAGACCAAAUUUACCACAACUGUUGACCUUGGCAGAAUAUCAUGAACAGGAAGAAAUUUUCAAACUUAGACUAGGACAUCUCAAGAAGGAAGAGGCAGAAAUCCAGGCAGAACUUGAACGUUUGGAAAGAGUCAGAAAUCUUCACAUUCGAGAACUCAAAAGAAUAAACAAUGAGGAUAAUUCACAGUUCAAAGAUCACCCAACGUUAAAUGAAAGAUAUUUGUUACUUCAUCUGCUUGGUAGAGGUGGCUUUAGUGAAGUAUAUAAGGCUUUUGACCUUUAUGAGCAAAGAUAUGCUGCUGUGAAGAUCCAUCAGCUUAAUAAAAGCUGGAGAGACGAGAAGAAAGAAAACUACUACAAACACGCCUGCCGAGAGUACAGAAUACACAAAGAACUGGACCACCCCAGGAUAGUCAAGCUCUAUGACUAUUUCUCUUUGGACACAGAUACGUUUUGUACAGUGUUAGAAUACUGUGAAGGCAAUGACUUGGAUUUCUAUUUGAAACAACAUAAAUUAAUGUCAGAGAAAGAAGCUAGGUCUAUUGUAAUGCAGAUUGUAAAUGCACUAAGAUAUCUCAAUGAGAUCAAACCCCCUAUUAUACAUUAUGAUCUUAAGCCAGGAAACAUUCUUCUGGUAGAUGGAACAGCAUGUGGAGAAAUCAAAAUCACCGAUUUUGGUCUUUCCAAGAUUAUGGAUGAUGACAGUUAUGGUGUAGAUGGGAUGGAUCUAACUUCCCAAGGAGCAGGCACUUACUGGUAUUUACCUCCUGAAUGUUUUGUAGUUGGAAAAGAGCCACCAAAGAUUUCCAACAAGGUUGAUGUGUGGUCAGUUGGAGUAAUUUUUUUUCAGUGUCUCUAUGGUAGAAAGCCAUUUGGUCACAAUCAAUCUCAACAAGACAUCCUGCAAGAAAACACAAUAUUGAAAGCCACAGAGGUCCAGUUUCCUGUAAAGCCGGUUGUAAGCAGUGAAGCCAAGGCUUUCAUAAGACGCUGUUUGGCAUACCGGAAGGAGGAUCGAUUUGAUGUGCACCAACUGGCAAACGACCCAUACCUUCUCCCCCACAUGAGAAGAUCGAAUUCUUCAGGAAACUUACACAUGACUGGGCUCACAGCAUCCCCCACACCCCCUUCUUCAAGCGUAAUUUCUUACUGACUUUACUCCAAGAGUGGCAUGAUACUUUUGAACCGUUUCCAGAUGCUCUCUUGAGUUUGAAAACAUUGGAGUGGUUUUUGGUUGUUGUUGUUGUUCCUUUGUUUGCUUUUUCCUUUUUUAUGUAGGACAUGGUUGGAAACUCUUGGUGAACUCUAAAGUUCAUCAUAGCCUCGUUUGUAUGCGAGUGGAUCAUGGACAGUGACUCUGUGUGCGCCUCGUGCUAUAUCGUGAGCGGGAGGGUGGCUGCCUGCUGCACAGACACAGGAGGCCCGAGUUCAGACAGGAAACCAGUGGUGUUGGUCUGUGUGAGGGAGCACUGUGCGUCGCGGUGAUAAUACCUAAGUACGCUUGGUGGUUACUGGAGAGUUCUAAUGCGAAGGGUAGUUUUUCAUUAUUUCAAAACACAUGGGGAAAAUGAGACCUGUUUCUAACACAUAAAACUACAGUGCCUGGAUACUUCCUUCAGCAUGCAGCAGCUGCUGAAACCAAAGCAAGAACUGAAAGAAAGACAGCGACCUUUGUUUUGUAGGAAUGGAAUGUGAACAUGAGAACCUUUGGACAGAGUUGACAUUUGUCAUUUGCCUAUUCUGGCUUUUACCAAGUUGUACCUCGAAAUUACGUGUCCGUUUGUUCCAUUGGUUUUAUUAAAGGGAAAGCUGGGGACCUUAGAAAAUGAGCUGCUUAUUUAGAAACCAGUUGAAUUCACUGGACUGCAAUGUUUUCAGUGUUUUCAACACAUUCGGGUUCUUAACAGGUGUUUUUCUUUUGUUACCAGGCCAUGUUCAUUAAAAAAAAAGAAGUGGUAGUAUAUAACCAAAUGCAGACCAGUUCUAUGCAGGCUAAUGAGAAAUCCCCUUCCAGCUCGAUUGUAAAUUGUUGUACAGAUGUCAUAAUUGAAUUACUAAGUUUCAGCAGCUUAUUCUUGUACAAAUGUUUAAAAAAUAUGGCUUUUCUAAUUGGAUAUUGUAUUUUUUUUAAGUCUUCUUGAAGGCGCUUUAAUUGCUGCUAAAUGUUGCUUCUUUGCUAAAAAACAAAAAACAACAAAAAAAAAACUAAUGACCUCCUCAAAGGUGCAAGUUGACUGUAUAUCCUACAGAAAGAUUAAAAGCAGACAUUCAUUCACAAUCAAGGCAUGUAAAAAUGAUCCAUGUUGGGCAUCUACAGUUCUUCAAAUCAGUUUCUGGGUUCUGGGGCUCUAAGCCCAUAGAUACUCGAUUUAUAAAUUAUUCGUGGUUAUUCUACAUUUCUAAAAGAUUCCUAUCAGUAAGAUGGGGUGUUGGUCCCUUCAACAAGUUCUUGUGGUUUGUACAGAUGCGUUAAAUUGUGCAGCAUUUCUAACUGCCUUGUGUGGUAGAAACCAUGACUCCACUCCUGUAGGUUCUUCCUUCUUGUCACAUCCGUAAUGCUGAUGGUGACACAUCACUUGUCCAUGUUACAGAACAAGGAGGCCAUCCUUCCCACAGACUCGCACUAUCACUGUACAGCUCAACUCUUCUCCUGUUGCAAGCCAUUUUGGUUUUUCAUUGUACAUAGACACAUUGUCUUUUUAAGAUGCUGCUGAAAUUGUAGAGAAUGUAGCCAAAACAGUAAUAAACAAUGACAGUUAAAACUUAAAGAUUGAAAAAUUACAUUUGAAGGGAGCUUUGGAGAUUUAGACUAUUAAAUAACUUGGCUCCUUUACCUAAGAAUCAGCUGAAUAAAUUCUUUAAGUAUACUUCAAGACAAGAAUAAAGUGUUUCAAGCUGUUAAAGUCAACAUAAUAACCAUUAUCAAGGCUAAUCCUGGGUAAGUAACCCAUAGCGCUAUCAGGAAUGGCUUAAGGGCUAUACCUGUUGCUCAGUAGAUUAAGAUAGAAAUCCUAUAAAAAAUAUUGACAUGGUAAUGGAAUGUUAGCAUUGAUUGAGUAUAUUAAAUAACUGCCCACAAAUUUUUAAAAAUUUAUUGUCUUGAGUUUUCAUCUCUCCGAAUCAUAGUUCUAUGUUCAUAUAGUAAUUGUUAUUUAAAGUAAUAAACUAAAAGAAAAUGUCUAAUUUUAUUUAAAAUGUUGGUGGGCUGAGUGUUAAAUAGACGCAAAUCUAACAUGGUGAAAAAGCAGCGCAGACCUAGAUCUCUGUUUUACAUUAUUUACAAGUAAAUGGAUGUGGCUGGCUGGCCAGCAUCAGCACAAGGACAGGAACACAAGCCACACAGCGAAAGGCCUCCCUGCUCCAGGUCUGGGAAUCAAAGAGGUAGGAUAGUAGUUAGCACAGGAGACCAGGUCCUCUCCGAGGUUGAUCUGGACCAGUGGUAUCUUUCCACGCUGGAUAAUAUACCAGUAACCCAAUAGGAGCAAAAUGGCUGCCGGGACCCAGUGGACUCAUUUACUGUUACCAUCACAGGGAAAAUGGACUCUCUUCCUUUGGCUCUAAUCCCGUUGGGGCCCUCAUGUGUUUUCUAGACUUCUGAUGUCAACCCUCAGCACUGACGCAAGUGAAGACAGCGUAUAAUCUCAAAAUCUUGAUUUAGGUGUAUGUUGAGAGGAAAUAGACGUUAGUACAGACACUCUCCUAAUGUGUAAGCCAGGAAGGGAUAGGUAUUUGCUUGUUUUCCAAAAAUAAAGACUCAAAUCUGUUCUUUUUUUGUUUACCCACCACUGUCCCCUCCUCCUAAAAGAACCCUUUCCAUUUAAAUGUUACCUAAAAUGUGAACAAAAUAAAUUUCUUCUACAAAUACCUCAUUACAUGAAGCCAAAACGGUGAGGUGUUCCAGUGAAACA